UUAUACAGUACAUCACAGUCUGAGAUCCCUCACAACUCACUUUCCGAAUACUAGGUAGUAUGAAUGUUUGAUCAUCAGAACAAUCAAGCUUGAAUCUGAACACAAGAUAAAUGUCGACUUUUUUCUUUCUUUCAGCAAACAGAAAUCUAUUUCCCCUAAAUCAACUUCCUCACAUUUAUUGCUCAACGUUAUUCAGACAAUACUUACUUAGCAGAACCAAAGCUUUGCAGAUGAAAACUAAACCACUUCUCCAUUCUUGUUAAAAAUGCUGAAGUGCUUAGUGUUUGUGUGUCUCCCUUUAGUAUGUGCUCAUUCAUGUCUACCCAAGCUGGAUCACGGGGGUGGUAAGAAAGUUGAUCAAAAAGAUGUGCCUGACAAUUUCGCUACUCGCUCAGGGUCCAAAGCUGUUUUCAGCAUUUGCAGCCAUCCAAACGAAACCAUCAUAGGUGGGAAUGUGAUCCUAGUGUGCUACUACUCAAAGAAUGAUUGGCUGCCAAUUAACUACACACUUUUCAGAAACCAGAUCACGGCUAUAGGUUAUGCAACAACGUACAGGACAGAAGAAAGGGCUAUGUUUAACCUCACAGUCAUGUCCACCAGCGAUCUGGGUGAAUAUAAAUGUAAAGCUCAAAGAUUUAAGGAAUCCCAAUACAGCCGUGGACUCAACAUUACAUUAAAAGAUGUGUCUGACAAUUUCGCUACUCACUCAGGGUCCAAAGCUGUUUUCAGCAUUUACAGCCAUCCAAACGAAACCAUCAUAGGCGGGAAUGUGAUCCUAGUGUGCUACUACUCAAAGAAUGAUUGGCUGCCAAUUAACUACACACUUUUCAGAAACCAGGCCAAGGCUGUAGGCUAUGCAACAACAUACGGAACAGAAGAAAAGGCUGUGUUUAACCUCACAGUCAUGUCCACCAGCGAUCUGGGUGAAUAUAAAUGUAAAGCUCAAAGAUUUACGGAAUCCCAAUACAGCCGUGGACUCAACAUUACAUUAAGAGUGGCGGAAGAGAAAAAGAACAAAAACUUGGUAGCAUACAUUGUGGCUCCCUUGCUUUUGUUGCUGUUGCUGCUAGCAGUAAGCACAGCAAUUGCACUGUUGAUUCUUCCUUGGUGUAAAGCAAGAAAACAGAGUACAGGCAGCAAACCAACUGUUGUCGUUUCAGCCCGUCACCCAAGCAGUGACAACGGUGACGUUUAUGAUACUGUAUAUGAAGAAAAUGAGUAUUGCAAUGUGAAACUUAACACCAAGAAGGAAGACAACAGAAAUGUGAUCCUUGGUGGGGAUAGUACUGUGCACUAUGCAGAAGUUGUCAUCCGAAGAUAAAAAGGACUCUAGUCUGAUACAAGUUGUCUCAAGAUACUGCAGCCAAAAUGACACAGCAGAUCUAGAACCUUUCCUUUACCUUUUGAAAAGUUCAAUAUUACCUGCUUGCACCUGCUACAUGUCUCCAACCUGAUGUUCAGCAUUUAUUCAAACUGACACAGCAGCAAUCAAGGAAGUGGAAAACAACAACCUCACUUCAUUUGUUCAAAGUCUUCCUCUCCACCCCACCCCCCAAAUUAAAUUACAAUAGGGAAUGAUUUUGCAUAUGAACCUGAGACACUUAAAGCAUAUAUAAAUGGCAUUCCCAUAAACUGGAAUAUACGUUAGCUUAUGUUGGAAAUGGAAGCAGAAUUUGGCUAACUAGGAUGGGUCCAUGUUCAGAUGACAGUUGUUCCACUGCACAAAAGUCAUCCAUGCCUAUUUCUACUAUAGAAAAAGACAAAAUUAUUGAUCAACAGUACACCAAUUACUUUCAGAUGAAGAUGUUGCUAUGUUGUGAUAAAAUUAAGAUCUCCUGGGGUCUGGAAGGCUCCAAACUGCUAGUUAUCAAAGGAUCAUAUCUUUGCUUGUCCUCUGCUUCUUACUUUAGAUAAUGUUCUGCAAUGUUACUAUGAACUGAAAGCUGCGGCUUUCCAUUUGCAUGGUUUUGCCUCAUCUUAUCACAUGAUGAAAGAGCCCCCUAGCGAACAGA